AUGGCUUGGGCGACCACUCAACAUUUGGGUUGUGCCGUCAAUUCUUGUGGGAAUAGCCAUUGGUCUGUAGUAUGCCACUACAAGCCUGGAGGAAAUAUCGUGGGCCGGCAGAUCUACAUGAAAGGAGCUCCAUGUACAGCUUGUCCUGUAUCCUACAAGUGUACCGCUAUGAAACUUUGUUCGCCUGCUUGA